GUGUACAAAUGAAAUAUCCAAUUUAUUAUUCCUUGACAGCUCCAGCAAUACCGCUGCGGCUCAGGCGUUUGCCGUUGCUACCGCCGGCAGUGCUUGCCCCUUGGCAGCAGCAGGCAUCAUGGGGCUUGGCCCAAACCUGAAUCGAGCAGCUCUCCGGUUUUCGGCUGGUACGGCAUCUGCGGCUGCAGCAAAUAUAGGAUAUAAAACAGUGGCUUGCACACUGCCAAGCACUUCUGCAGUCACAUCGACCUUGGGCGGAUCAACUACGGUUACCACCUUGUCAAGUCUUUCCAACAUAUCACCCGGUUCAUUCCAGUUCAACGGACGUGCCAGUGCAGCCGGACAGAACAAUGCGGCGUCCAUCAACGGAACGUCAAACAACUUAACUCAGGCACCUCAGAACAAUAUAGACCAGCAAACUAGACGUUCCAUGAUGAUGGCGACGGCUUCUUGUCUACGUGUGCUCAAUGUCGUGCGUCACUGGAUUACCAAAUUUCCCGAUGUACGUAGCCAAUUCUA